GUAUCCAACAAGUGUUCAGCCUUUUUUGUGCUGUGCUCACAGAAAAUAAGGUUCUUUUUCAUUCAACUAGUUAUCAAAGACUCAGUGAAGCAUCCAGAGCACUAGAGUCUUUAAUAUUUCCUCUAAAAUAUAGUUACCCUUACAUUCCAAUUCUCCCUGCACAACUGUUGGAAGUGCUAAGCUCACCGACUCCAUUUAUCAUUGGUGUACACUCCGUGUUCCAAAGUGAAAUUAAUGACCUGUUGGAUGUGAUCAUUGCUGAUUUGGAUGGUGGUACUGUUAAAAUCCCAGAAUGCAUUCAUCUGUCCCAGUUGCCAGAGCCUCUCUUACAUCAAACCCAAGCAGCACUUUCUCUUGUAAUUCAUCCAGACCUAGAAGUAGCUGAUUAUGCUUUUCCUCCUGCUCGUACAGCUCCUUCUAACCUAAGAUUGUUGGAUAAGGAAGUCAGGGCAGUAUUCCUUAGAUUGUUUGCACAGCUCUUCCAAGGAUAUAGAUCAUGCUUGCAACUGAUUCGAAUCCAUCCUGAACCUGUAAUCCACUUUCACAAGUUAA